AUGUGGUUAGUCAGUGAGCGUCGGGGCCGAGCCGACGGCGACGGCACGGAUCACGAUAUUCGAAGCGCGGGAGAGCCGCGCUGCUCGCUCAGCCAGCGCACCGGCCACAGCACGGUGGAGUUCAAGAGUGCGGCGUGCGCGGGGGCCGUAGAGCCGCCCGCGCCGCCUCUCGCCGCUCUGCCGGACCCACAGCAGUUCAACAUCUUCCCGGCCUUUUUCAGCCGUCAGCUGAACUUCAGCAGUGGUGGCGGUAGCGGUCAAGGCUCUAAGAUCAUGGAGGAACUCAGACCGAACUUGGUGGGCGGUUUACUUGGCGUGCCAGGACUCCUGGACGAGCAUCAGUCGGAUGCAAAAUUUUUACAAUCAGGUGCGGAAAGCAAAUAUACGCCAGACAAGGGCCGAAAGUGCAGCAAUGCAUCAUCAUCGUCAGCAGAGGAAUUUGGAGGAUUAUAUGGCGGUGAUCAUGCGGCUACUCCGCCUGCGCCUCCUCUUAGUCGCUCCUUACAAGACCACACAGCUGAAGGAGCGUUCAAAAAAUUGAAGCCUGAACCUGGCGGGACGAGCACUUCAGGGGGCGCGUCAGCACUCUCCCCCUCUCUAGGACCACAACACGCUGGACAUACGCCUACCACAGCGUCCUGUCCCACGCCUGCAAGACGACGUCACAGAACGACAUUUACGCAGGAACAGUUAGCAGAAUUAGAGGCAGCGUUCGCAAAAUCUCACUACCCCGACAUCUAUUGCAGAGAGGAACUAGCGCGAACGACGAAGCUCAAUGAAGCAAGAAUACAGGUUUGGUUUCAAAACCGUCGAGCGAAAUACCGUAAACAAGAGAAGCAGUUGCAGAAGGCACUCGCGCCGGCCGUCCUGCCGGGCUGUAACGGCAUGAUGCGGAACAUACAAGGCUACAGGGGAUACCAACCCUACCCGCAUCCUAAUACCAUCAACAGAUAUCCACAGGUAACUUAUCAUCAUAAGCACCACGGCAGCUAUGAGGAGCUGCAAAAGGAUAUCUUCUCGCUCUCGCAAAUGGGCGGAGGCUCAUACCCGAUGCCGCAGGGUUUCUCCAUGGGUCACGGCGCCAAUAUGAGCGCCGUCGGCAUGCGACAGGAUACUAUGGGCAUGAGCGCAGAAGACGAGUGGUACAACAAGUCGCUCUCCGCGCUGCGGAUGAACAGCGGCCACCACGCAAACCUGGCCGCCGCCCCUAUGCUCCAAUACCAGACCUAA